UAUGGAAACUCCCGCAUACCUGUACAGAGAGACUGAAAGAGAGAGAGAGAGAGAGAGAGAGAGAGAGCUCAAGAGUUCCGUCGGCAAUGGCUGGGAACUGGGUUAAGUUGGCACAAAAAGGCAUUGAACCCGGAGCAAGAAGCUCUCAUGCUAUUACAGUUGUGGGGCACAAGGCUUACGCCUUCGGGGGUGAGUUCUCACCUCGUGUGCCUGUGGAUAACAAGAUGCACAUCUUCAACCUUGAUGACCACACAUGGUCUGUUGCUGAUGUCAUUGGCGAUGUCCCCCCUCCCCGUGUUGGAGUCACAAUGACCUCCAUCGGCAGCACCAUCUACGUCUUUGGUGGUCGUGACUUUGACCACAAGGAGCUCAAUGAGUUUUAUUCCUUCGAGACACACACAAAUGAGUGGACACUUAUCUCGUCUGGUGAUGCGGGCCCACCCCACCGCAGCUAUCAUUCAAUGGCGGCUGACGACCGGCGGGUGUAUGUAUUCGGUGGGUGUGGUAAUGCUGGACGGCUUAAUGAUCUCUGGGCGUAUGACACCAAUGAUAAGCAAUGGAUCCAAUACCCUUCCCCAGGCGACAGCUGUCGCCCAAGGGGCGGCCCUGGGCUGGCUGUUGCAGGGGAGAAAAUCUGGGUUGUUUAUGGGUUUUCUGGAGCGGAGCUCGAUGACGUGCACUGCUUCGAUCUAGUUAGUGAGAAAUGGGACCUGGUGGAGACCACUGGCAAUAAGCCAAGCCCACGCAGCGUGUUUUGUACUUCAAGUAUUGGGAAGUAUGUGAUCAUAUAUGGAGGUGAGGUUGAUCCGAGCGACCUUGGGCAUCUCGGUGCAGGGAAGUUUUCAUCUGAGGCAUUCGCGUUGGACAGCAAGACAUGUUCUUGGAUCAAGUUAAAGGACGAAGCAGAAGCCGACGAACACCCAGGGCCUCGCGGGUGGUGCGCGUUCUCUGCAGGGGAGAUAGGAGGCAAGAGAGGGUUGUUGGUCUAUGGAGGAAAUUCGCCAACGAACGACCGGCUUGAUGACAUUUUCUUCUUCACUCCUAGCAUGUGACAUGUCGCAUAGAACUAUGGUGCACGAAUGUUUACUCGUGAAUGCGAACUGUGAGAGAUCAGUACAUGGGUUUCUACGUUCUUAAAGCCGUGACUUUUGUUGCUCUGUAAAUUUGGAAGUUAGAAUGUGACCUCUAGUUGGGAGUGCUUGUAUCUGUGCUUGGCAAUAAUCUGGUGGCUGUGUAACUGCAGGUGAUACGUAUUGUAAAAAUCAGGUGACUGUGUGUAACUGCAGUGAUAAGUGCAUCAACAAAGUGUCGAAAGCAUGAGGUUUUCUUGCUUUCUCAUCCCACCGUGCAAGUGUGGAUGACAAAUAGCACUGUUGAGAA